AUGGAGGCUGUCGCAGAGCUGCCGGACACGGCCUCGUUAACCCUGAAGUUUGAGUUCAACCCCAAACUGGGCAUUGAUAAUCCUGCGCUCUGCUUGACUGAAGACUUGGACCCCUCAGACACGGGGAAGUUGAAGCCACCCCGCUUCUGCCUGCUGAGCAAAGAUGCCAGCGGGAACUUCGGGUUCCACCUCCAGCAUCACCUGGCCCGGCCGCAGCCCGUGGUGAGCAAGGUGGACCCCGGCAGCUCUGCCCAGCGCCAGGGGCUCCAGGAAGGAGACUUGAUUCUAGGGGUGAACCACAACAUGCUGGAACAAGAAGACUUUGCAGCGGUGGUCCGCCACAUCCGCGCCAGCGGCCCGCGCGUGCUGCUGAUGGUUAUGGCCCAACACGUGUACGACGUGGCCCGCGAGCGGCAGGGGGACAAGGCCCCCCUCUAUCCCACACUUGGCCCAGAGGUCCGGCCCCGGCUGUGCCACGUCGUGAAAGAUGAAGGCGGCUUCGGCUUCAGCGUCACCUCGGGAUACGGAGGUUCUUUCUGGCUGGUGCUGAGUUCCGGAGGGGCAGCUGAGCGGGCAGGGGUCCCCGCCGGGGCCCGGCUGCUGGAAGUGAAUGGGGCGAGCGUGGAGAAGCUCACUCAGCGGAAAGUCAACAAGAAGCUGUCGCAGAGUGGACAGCAAGUGACCCUACUGGUGGCAGCAACCGAGGUGGAGGAACAGUGCCGCCGGCUAGGGGUGCCACUGGCUGCCCCGCUGGCAGAGGGCUGGACACUGCCCGUCAGGCCCCGUUGCCUGAACUUGGAGAAGGGGCCCCAAGGCUUCGGCUUCCUGCUGAAGGAGGAGAAGAGGCCUGAUGGCAGCGUAGGGCAGUUCCUGCGGGAAGUGGACCCUGGCCGGCCAGCCGAGAAGGCGGGGAUGCGUGACGGGGACCGGCUAGUGGCUGUGGCUGGGGACAGCGUGGAGGGGCUGAGCCACGAGGAGACAGUGUCCCGGAUCCGGGCGCAGGGACUCCGCGUGGCGCUCACUGUGGUGGACCCCGAGACUGACCGCUUCUUCAACACGGCCCGCCUGUCCCCACUCCUCUUCAUGGAACCCACCGAAACACCUGCCGCUCAGGAUGAAGCAUCUCAGGACCAGACUAAGUCUCCGCCAAGUGCAGACACCCCAACCUCCAGGGCCCCAGUCCCAGGGGCCACCCGCCUGUGUAUCCUGCACCCCGGGCCUGGCGGUGGCUAUGGAUUCUGGCUCUCCUGUGUGACCAGCUGGCCGCGAUUAUACAUCUCCAAGGUGCUCCCAGGAGGAGCCGCGGACCAAGCAGGCCUGCGGCAGGGAGACGUGGUUCUGGAAGUGAACGGGUGUGCCAUUGACGAUGAUAACGAGAUGGACAUUCUGAACCUGCUCCUUGAGGCUGAUCCACCCCUGUCCCUGAAGCUGGCAGUGGCCACGCCUGGCCAGGACUCAAGGGAGUUCCAGGGGGAAGAGGAGGACUGGACCUUCUUCUCGAAGAAUUAGCCCUCCCCGCUCAGCACAUCCGAGAGUGUAGCCUGGCCUACUCCCUCGGGGCCAUGUCUCUCUCAGCCAGAAGCCGGACUGCAGACCCUAAACCUCUCCAAACACAGUAUUACCCUGCCCCGGAUCUCCUGCUUCCCAGGCUGCACCUCCCAGAAUUAAGGGCAUGAGAGAUUUGCUGGGGAACGUGGGUGCCUUGGGAGCUGUACCACCCGGGGAGAGUUCUGGCUGAAAAAUGGGUGAUGCUGAAGUCAGCCUGGAGUUUCCCAGACCCUUGGAAUUUCCCGAGCCACCCGCAUUGGAGAUGUCCUUUGUCCUUAGAAUGAGCUUCCUCUGUCCACACCAGACUGGUAAAUGAGUGACUUUUGGACAUUACUGAAGGAUGGGACACGGCUGCCAAGUAGCCAGGCCUACGACAAUGAGAGGGCUGAGCCUUUUGUCCUUGGCCCCAAACCUCCUGGGAAGAGAGAGGGGCUGGAGGCUGGAACAGUCACCAGUAACACUGGUCCAACGAUCACGCAUGCAUAAAGAAGCCCUCCUGAGUCCCAGUGGAUGGAGUUCUGAGGAUUUUGGGAUGCUGAACUUGUGGGGAUACUGGCAAGGCCCCCAGUUUCGACACCUCCCCUGGCAGCUCUUGCACCUGGCUGC